AUGGUUGAUAAACACGCUAUUGAACUCCAAGGACAAACCGAGGAUGAGCCCAUCAAGGAUCCCGCCCAGCGCGAUGUUGGUAUCCCUCUUACGCCGGAGGAAGAUAAGCGACUUUUACGUCGUAUCGAUCUUUAUCUUAUGCCAAUCAUGGCUGUAUCUUACAUGUUCCAGUUCCUAGACAAAUCCGCUAUGAGUUUCACAGCUAUUUUAGGCUUGCAGGAUGAUCUGAAUCUUCAGGGUGAAGACUAUUCUUGGGCGAGCAGCAUUUACUAUUUUGGCUAUUUGGCUGCAUCAUACGUUGCGGCUCUCCUGUUGGUUCACUUCCCUGUUGGCAAGAUGAUUUCCACGUCCAUUAUUGUCUGGGGUGUUGUGCUGAUGCUUAUGGCAACGGCAUUCAACGACAAAGGUCUCAUCGCCGUUCGAUUCUUCUUAGGUGCGACUGAAGCUGCAAUUGCACCUGGUCUGGGAAUUGUCGUUUCUAUGUGGUAUAAGAGGGACGAACAGCCAUUCCGUCAUGGCAUUUGGUUUCAGGGGAUUACAAUUGCGGGAAUAUUUGGUGGCCUCUUGGCAUAUGGCAUCGGGCAUGUAGAAAGCAUUGCUCCAUGGAAGGCUGUCUUUCUCAUCUUUGGGGCAAUCACAAUUGUCUGGUCUUUUGUUCUUUUCUAUUGGCUUCCGGAUACGCCAACAAAUGCACGCUUUCUCAGCGAGGAAGACAGAUACAAGGCUAUCCGCAGAGUCCAAGAGAACAUGACCGGCAUAAAAAGCAACGAGUUCAAGAUGCAACAGUUUAUAGAGGCUCUGCUCGACUUGAAAUGCUGGGCACUUGUGUUCAUUCAACUGACAUGCUCCAUUCCCAACGGCGGAGUGUCUAAUUUCGGCUCUAUCAUCAUCGAAGGCUUCGGCUUCAGUACCCUGAACACAUUACUCGUUCAGAUUAUAACAUAUGUGUUCCAAGGUCUUCUCGUUUACCUCUCCACUGCAGGAUGUUCUUGGUUCGAGAAUAGCCGAACAUGGUGGAUGGUGUGGAAUGCGGGCCUCUCAAUAAUCGGAGCCGCAAUGGCUCGACAAAUAUCCCCAAAUAACGUCUGGGCUCGGUUUUUCGGCUACUGUCUCGCGAAUGCCUAUUCUGUGAACUUUCCCUUAACACUAGCCAUGUCAACGGGUAAUAUUGGCGGUUUCACCAAGAAGACGACUGUGAAUGCGAUGAUCUUCAUCGGAUACUGCGCUGGAAAUAUCAUCGGCCCGCAUCUAUUCUUCGAUCACGAAGCACCUUCAUACCCAUCGGGGUUUCUCGCCAUGCUGAUAUGCUUUGGAAUCACCUUUUGUAUUCCCAUCGCUCUGCGUUUCUAUCUUAUUUGGGAAAAUAGGCGCCGGGAUCGCUUGGACCAAGGGAAUAUUGGAGAUUCUAUCGAGGACCUGAAUGCGGCUCUUUUGGACAAGACUGACAAGGAACUCUUGCAUUUUCGCUAUGUCUACUAA